AAACGAUUUAGGUUCAGUAAAUUUAAAUUUAACUAAGAAUUAAUUUUAGCUGUUAGUGCUUAAGUUACUUAACCUAUUGAGAUUUUGAAGUAUACAAAUUCUGACAAAAAAAAAACCAUGCCAAAAUUAAUACCCACAGUUAAACUUAAUAAUGGCCAACAUAUGCCAUCUAUUGGUUUUGGUACAUGGCGCUCUAAUGAAUCUGACGCAGAACGUUCAGUUAAAGAUGCGAUCGAUAUUGGAUAUCGUCAUAUAGACACCGCGUUUAUGUAUGAAAAUGAACAUGAGGUUGGAAGCGCCAUUAACGCCAAACUUGCAGAAGGUGUAAUUAAACGUGAAGACAUAUUUGUUGUCACUAAAUUAGCUGGAGUGCAUCAUAAUCCAGAUAUAGUAGAGCAUGCUUGUCGCACAAGUUUAAAAAACCUUAAUUUGAGUUAUAUUGAUCAAUAUCUAAUACACUUUCCGGUUGGCCAAGAAUACGUUAGUGACGAUAACUUAUCUGGACCAGUGUCUAAUGUGGAUUAUGUAGAUACAUGGCAAGCAAUGGAGAAACUGGUUGAUUUAGGUUUGGUACGUGGAAUUGGAUUGUCUAACUUCAAUUCUGAUCAAAUACAACGUGUACUUGAUAUUGCUCGUAUUAAGCCAGUGGUCAACCAGGUGGAAUGUCAUCCUGGUUUCAAUCAAAAGAAAUUAAUUGAAUUCUGCAAGAGAAACAACAUUGUUGUAACUGCGUAUUGUCCGCUUGCAAGACCCAAGCCAGCACAGCAAUGGCCUCCAUUUUUGUAUGACGGCACCGCACAGAAAUUGGCGGAAAAAUAUGGAAAGACAUCAGCUCAGAUUUGUUUACGUUACUUAAUACAAAUCGGCACGAUUCCAAUUCCCAAAUCUGUCUCCAAGAACCGAAUCGCUGAAAAUUACGAUGUUUUCGACUUUAAGUUAACAGAGGAAGACAUUGGAAUCAUGGAUCAAUAUCACAAUGGACUUCGCACAGUUACUUAUAGUGGACUAUCACAACACAAAUAUUUUCCAUUUAAUACAGAAUUUUAAUAUAUUUUCAAAGUUUAUAUCACAAGUAUAG